GCCAGGCCCUCUUGAAGCGGAUGUCAACAAUGCCCGCGGCCUAUUUUUCCUUAGACUUUAACCUGGGCUCCCGCUUCCGCACCUGCUGCGCACCUUCCCGCCGUGGGGUUGGAGGGGCUAGUAGAUGAUCGGGUGGCUUUUCCGCCUCCCCGGCUGACGUGGACGCCAACGGGAAUCCGCCCUUUAACAGGCGCGGGCGUCUUGCGCGCGGCGAAGCGAAAGGCGAGAGCGGCGCGGCGCUGUGGGGCGUGUUGGCGGGCGGCUCCCAGGCUGGGAGGCUGCAGUUGGUGCCUCGACGUUGCCGCUCUCCGUUCUGGGCGCCACUGAGGGAAGAAGAGUCCGCGAGAGGCCGACGGGGAUGGCUGCGGAGACGAACCCCGGCAGCCAGCAAGGUCUGCUGAAAAAUGAAGCCAUUCCUGAAGGAGAAGAUGUGGUUGCUGCAAUUAAUAUAGAAGCUCUCUCUGAAGAAGAACAAGAAGAACUUAGAAGAGAGCUUGCUAAGGUAGAAGAAGAAAUCCAGACUUUGUCACAGGUGUUAGCUGCCAAAGAGAAGCAUCUAGCUGAAAUAAAGAGGAAACUAGGCAUCAGUUCACUGCAAGAACUGAAACAAAAUAUUUCUAAAGGGUGGCAAGAUGUAACUUCAACAAACGCGUAUAAGAAGACAUCAGAAACGUUGUCUCAGGCUGGACAGAAAGCAUCUGCUGCUUUCUCAACAGUGGGUUCUGCCAUCACAAAGAAGCUGGAAGAUGUGAAUAUACGUUGUCUACAGCAUUCAAUUAGUAUGCCUGCUAUGAGAAAUUCUCCAACAUUCAAGUCAUUUGAAGAAAAAGUGGAGAACCUAAAGUCUAAGGUUGGGGGAAAUAAGCCUGCUGGAGCUGACUUUGGAGAUGUCUUGAAUUCUGCUGCCAACGCCAGUGCCACAGAAGCUACCCCAAAGCAGACUGAAGAGGAGACUCAAUGAUUGCCUCACCUUUGUACUGUCCACUGUCAGAUGCUGCAAGCAAAUGCUGAAGUGCAUCACCUCUGCUAUUGACUCCUCCAAUAUGUUCUUCUGUUUAGCACUUAGCUUUCUAAAUAUUUAAUAGUUUCUUGAGGUUCAGAGUAUUUUUGAACUAGGAAAAUACACUUGCCUUUGUUAAUCUGCAGGACAGGAAUUUUUAUGUAUUUUGAGUAUUAGGCUUAAUUCCAGUCUAGGUAAUCACUAAGUUACUGCAUUACAAAAAAUUAAAAACAAAGCUGGAACAUUAUGCCCAUGUGACAUUAUGAGUCAUCACUUCAUGUCUGCUUUCACAGACAAACCUUGGAAGUCUUUGUCUAGCCAUUAAAUGGAUAUUAAUUGAUAUUCUUUCACCAAUAUUCUUUGGCCAAAUAAUUUGGUUUGGGUUUUGCAAUGGCUAUUGCACCACAUUUUUUUUUGCAGUUAUGAAAGCUGAAGAGGGUAGCUUCCAAGCAUGUCAUCUGUCAUUUAUUGAAAUUUUCCAGAAAAUAUGUCUUUUGACAGAUCUCAGCCCGAAAUACCAUAUAUUCCGGCUUAUAAAGCAACCUGGCGUAUAAGACGACCCCUGACUUCGGCGCCGAGUUGCAUGCCUAGAAAGUCGUCUUAUACACCGGAAACUACCGUUAUUUCUGGUGUAUAAGACGACUCGGCGUAUAAGACGACCCCUGACUUCGGCGCCAAUUUUAACGCUUGCGAAAGUUGUCUUAUACGCCGGAAAGUACGGUACUUUUUUUCCCUUCAAGGUUACAAGUGGAUUUAAUUGUUUUUGCCUUGUCUACUGAAUGUUGCAGAAGUAAAAUGAGUUUAUAGGCAUGAAGCAGAUGAUAAAUGUAAAAGCUUAAUACAGCUUUCAAAUCAUUCCAUGCUAUUAAAAGUAUUAUAUGUUUAUUCCACUCUCAUGAAUUUAAAUUAUGGGAGAGUAUAUUUCAUCCUCCUCUCCAUUACAAUUGGUAGAAGCUGUGGGCAGUUUGUACACAUGUGUAUGUGGAUUCUGGGAGUUUGCAUCUGUAAGAAAAGGCCUUCAAUGAAAUAGGAGCCUGUCUAAAUUGAAAAUCCAUAUUGAAGCUUGAGAAUAUAUUUAAUAUUGCAAUCAUAGGUCAAUUUCAUAUAUAAAAUAUUAAUUAAAUUUGUUGCUCUAAAAAGAUUAAUAUGUUUUAUUUUCUGGCACAUUAUAAAACAUAUUUUGAAGAUGUUUUUGCUUCUUUUAAUCACUAAGCUUAAACUGAACUAGAACACAUCCUUAAGAUGCAUGGUAACUUGGGCUUUGACUUUAUAGCUGCACCAAAAAGGCUACACAUCAUAUAAGUCAACUUACGCUGUAUUUGACAGCUUUCUGUAGCAUUUCAGAUUUAGUCUGAAUACUUGAUUACGUAUACAAAUAAAAUGCUUUGUAUUGUCAAACACAAAA